UUGCUACAGCCGGAGCUGGGGGGCGGCGGGCGCUGCCUGCGGAGCCGGAGGCGGUGCGCCAUGGAGGGGCUGGAAGAAAAUGGAAGUGUGGUCCAAGUUGGAGAAUUGUUGCCCUGCAAGAUUUGUGGAAGGACAUUCUUUCCUUUAGCACUGAAAAAACAUGGACCCAUUUGCCAGAAAACUGCCACUAAAAAACGGAAGACUUUUGAUUCAAGCAGGCAAAGAGCUGAAGGAACUGAUAUUCCCACAGUUAAACCUCUUAAACCCAGGCCAGAACCACCAAAGAAACCAUCUAAUUGGAGAAGAAAGCAUGAGGAAUUCAUUGCCACCAUAAGAGCAGCAAAAGGCCUUGAUCAGGCCCUUAAAGAGGGUGGUAAACUUCCUCCACCUCCUCCCCCUUCCUAUGACCCUGAUUACAUUCAGUGUCCAUAUUGCCAGAGGAGAUUCAAUGAAAAUGCAGCAGACAGACAUAUAAAUUUUUGUAAAGAACAGGCAGCACGGAUUAGUAAUAAGGGCAAGUAUUCUACUGAUUCCAAAGGAAAGCCAGCUUCUCGGCCUCAGUAUAAGCCAUCUCCACUUAAAAAAUCAAAUUCUCCUGGAACCACAUCAUCAGGAUCUUCCCGACUACCACAACCAAGUACUACUAGCAAAACUAUUGUAGGUGUGCCUUCGGGUAAAGCAUCUUCAGUUAACAAUACUUUGGGAAACAAAGCUCAGACCUUAUCUCCUUCUCAUAGAACAAUAGCAGCCCCUCAGGCAGGAGCUAACAUCAAAUCUCGAAAUACUACACCUCCAAGUCUGGCAAGAAAUUCUGCAGCAGGUGUACUUACCAACAAAAGGAAAACUUUCACUGAUAGCUACAUAGCCAGGCCGGAUGGAGACUAUACAUCUUCAGUAAAUGGUGGAAACAUUAAAAGCAUCGAGGGAAACUCAUCUGGACAUUUACCAAAAUUCUGCCAUGAAUGUGGGACAAAGUACCCUGUUGACUGGGCAAAGUUCUGUUGUGAAUGUGGCAUUCGAAGAAUGAUUCUGUGAACAGUCUAAAAAGCUAAGGGGCCGGGUUCAGAAUUUAAUGAUUAUUGCUGCUUGACAGCCUGGGCACUUCUUCCAGUUACAUUGUGCUAAAAGCUCUUUACAAUACCUUAGUCUUUGGAAUAUAGUCCUUAGGCUGUGUAAUGUCUUUAUAUAUGUGUAUGUAUAUAUAUAUUCUGUAUAUAAUAAAUCUCAUUCCUCCAGCCUGUGCCACUCAAGUAUGUGUUAAAAAAUAAGUUGAUAUGAGAUCAUUGUCUUCGGUGUUGCUCUUCAGUUGUUUAAAUACAUUAGUGUACUUGCACAAGCUCUCCCAUUCUAGUGAUGAACCUUGCAAGCUUUAGGAUAAUCACAUCUCUCAACAAGAAAUCAGAAGAGAUGCUGUCAUUGAUGCCUAUCACCAGUAGCAUCAUAGGAGAAUGGGAUACUGGAGAUUCUGUUACUGAAGAGAAUGUUGUUCAUUAUCAAUUGAUGUGAGGUCAUUUUCACAACUGAACUCUUUAGGAACUAGUGUUAAAUGCCUAAGAAAUGAUGAAAAGGAAAACCUGAGGUCCAUGUUGCCGGUAAUUUCAUGGAUUUUUAAUUACACAACCUGAUUAAAUUAGUAAAUAUAGUCUUCAUUCUGUGGACAUGUAGCUAUGCAAUCUCCUUUUCAUAAAUGACUGAGCAUUUAAAUGUAUCUUACUCUACUUACAACUGAAUUAUUAAAUUACCUCCAUCUUAGUUGGACACAUCUCUCUGUCAACUGUGUUCUGAGAUUUUAUUUUCCUUCUUUUGGCAUAACUUCUUUGAAGAGUAGUUUUAGGUUACUGCUACAGUGUUUGCAGUACUAAACAGAAUUAUUUAAGGUACACAGAUUUUUUUUUUAAUAUCUGACAUGCUUAAAAUUUUUAUUUCUAAAUAUGUGUUUAUAGGAAAUUAAUGCAUUUUAAAGCAAAUCAUCCCACCCAAUAAAUAAUUGUAGUACUCAUUAAUUUUGAGCAUGCAGACAAAACUGUUUUUUAGUUCCUUAUGGUUGGUAUAAAUGCAAGUACAUUGAAAAAAAUAUCUACUUUUUCCUAUUCAUAUUUUCUUUAGUGCUUAACGUUGAAACACCGUACUUACUACACUGAAAGUACUGAAAUGUUUUUCAUAACUGGCAAACAUAAGCACAGCUAGGAUAUAUAUUUUCUCUUCCACCUGACUGAAAUAGGUUUUGAUCACCUCACUUUCAAUGUAAGUACUUCCUGGUAGGUAGUACUUUGGCUUUGGCAGAGUAUGAUCCACAGUCCUAUAGUAAUCACUGUUCAGUUGAGUCUGAACUUUACCCUAAAGGGGUGCCAGCAACAUUUUGUGGUGAUGUGUUUCCUUUUUGGUUUUGUUUAUGAUUACGGAUGAAUGUAGACAUUGGUUGGAAUUUCAUUUCUGAAAUUUACUUCUUGCUUUCUGUUUUAUUUUACUUUGGGAAGGGAUUUUAAGCUUGAGGUAGUGAGUUUUCAUUUUGUUCACUUUAUGCUUCUUUCUGGUUAGAUUCCCCCCCCCUCCCUGCUUACCCUAUUUGGUCAUAUUGAUAAACCAAUUCAAAACUAGUCAGCUUGAGUAAGCAGUAAUGAAGACUGGUUAGAAGACUAAGAAGACAAUGUAGAUUUUCACUUUAGUAACUGCCUUUUUAAAAUUGGUUACAAAUAUCUGAAGAACUUUUAAUUUAUCAAUUUGUCUUUAUCUAGGAAUGGACAGUAUUUCUUUCACUUUGCAUUGUACUUAGAGGUGGAUAAAUUGGUUUUUUUAAAAACAGGCACAUUUUUUUGUCAUUGCCUUUUACAGUAGCAAAUAAAUGUUAAAAGCAUACUACCAAGAGAUGAGCUGGUCAAACACAUUCCACUGGAGAGCCCAGAGGUCACUGAAAGCACUGUCUGUGAAAUACAUGUUACAACGACUUUUAACACAUUUCUGUGGUCCGUACUUUACUCUCAUGUUAACGUGUUGUGCAAUAGUUUUUAAGGAGUCUUCCUAUGCACCGUUCAUUUUUAUUUAUUUGCACAAUUUUUGCAAGUGUGAUAGAAUGAAAAAUGAUUGUAAGGUUAAGUUAAAAUGGAAAAUUGUAUAUAGAUUAUUCUGAAAGGUAUUCACUUGAAAAAAAUAAGACCAUUGUGACUGCUGUUGUCUCCUAUUCACUUUUUUUUUAUUAUAAAUGAUAUAUUCAUUUCAAACCAAUAAAGACAAAAUAUAAGU